UCUUGGCGUUUUUCUGAUGGAGGGCACGGGCAGCGGCUGUGCAGCGGAGCUCACUCCUCCAUGUCUGAGUGAUGUGAACGGGAGCAGUGGCGGUCAGGUCUUUGAGGUGCCCUUGCAAAAUGUCUCCUCCAAGCGCAGCUGGCAGUUUGAGGGUGUGGAACUGCUGCAGUCCUUCAAACCUCUCAUCAUUCCCUGCUACACUCUAGUGGCUCUUGUGGGCAUCUUUGGCAAUUACCUGCUCCUCUACGUUAUAUGUCGAACCCGCAAGAUGCACAACGUCACUAACUUUUUUAUUGGAAAUCUGGCCUUCUCGGACAUGCUGAUGUGUGCUACGUGUAUACCUUUCACACUGGCCUAUGCCUUCAACCCACAAGGCUGGGUGUUUGGCCGUUUUAUGUGCUACCUGGUGUAUCUCAUCCAGCCGGUCACAGUCUACGUGUCAGUCUUCACUCUAACUGCUAUUGGUGUGGAUAGGUAUUAUGCCACAGUGCACCCACUGAAAAAGCGCAUUUCAGUCCUGGCAUGCACGUAUCUUCUGUCUGGGAUGUGGCUGCUGUCCUGUGGCCUAGUAGCUCCAGCUGUGGCUCACACCUAUCACGUGGAGUUUAAGAAUGAGGGCUUCACCAUCUGCGAGGAGUUCUGGAUGGGACAGGAGAAGGAGCGACUCGCUUACGCGUACAGCACCCUUUUCAUCACCUAUGUCCUACCUCUAUCGGCACUGUGCACCUCUUACCUGUGCAUUUCUGUAAAACUACGGAACUGUGUUGUACCCGGGCACCACACCCAGAGUCAGGCAGAGGCUCAGCGCAUGCGCAAACGUAAAACUUUCCGCCUGGUGAGCCUGGUUGUCACAGCGUUUGGUGUCUGCUGGAUGCCCAUCAGUGUGUUCAACAUUCUGCGUGACAUUGACAUCGAUCUGAUCGAUAAGCGAUACUUCUUGCUCAUUCAGCUGCUGUGUCACCUGUGUGCAAUGAGCUCAUCCUGCUGUAACCCUUUCCUGUAUGCCUGGCUACACGACCGCUUCCGUGCUGAGCUUCGGAAAAUGUUCACAUGCCACCGCCGCAUCGGUAUCUCAGCCAACAACUGCGCUACUGCCAGUGUGGUUCUGUGAAGCACAGGUGUUUGAAUCCUGCCUCACGUGGGUUGAGUUAAGAGGACAUAAAGAUGCUCUCCAUUAACUGUAUUGUAUGCACCAGUCAAAACAUUGUGUUCCCAACCUCAUUUCAUGGUGUUGGGGUGUAUAGGUGGAGUUUUGGGAAUGUUCAAAACACUUGAUAAAACUGUGUCGGGGUGUAUCAUGUUGGCCAAGAUCACCUUUUUCCACAAGAAAAUGGAAGAUGCUUGAGUACACUCGAUGUUCUUGUAGCUUGGAAUAUCUUCCUUUUCCAACUCAGCCAUCAGUAUUUCAUUAUGUCUGCAGUCAACAAAUUUAUGGUCACACCAACACUCUGUCUUAAUUUCUUUGUUUAUUGUAACAGUGUAAUAUUUGUAAGAAAAGGGCAGAAACAGCCAGGUCCACAGCAGGUAGCACCCUCUGGCAGUAUGGACUCUAGACUCUAGUCUAGACUCCUCUUGCCGGCUGUCACUCACAGCAACCAUGCACGUAAUUAUUCCCAACUUUAUUGCUUAAAAUAGUUUAUACUGAUGUUUA